UUCGACCCGUGCCUGCGUUACACGGAGCUGUAACCCAACAGCGAGCCUCUCCCCUGCUCGUCCCCGUUUCAGCUCCACAGCACGGGACGAGGCCCCGCCGUUGUUCCCGUUAACCCCCUCCGCCCGCCCCGGUCCCUCAGCGCAGCGGCCGCCUCGAUUUCACGUUGGUAGCCUUGGCCAGUUACUGGAAAAGCAUUGUUUUCCAAAUCCCACAUCUUUCAGAAACAAAACUUUGGGUAUGAGGAGCGGACUGGAGCUGAUAACUAGUUAUCAAAUUCAGUCUCUCAAAAAGUAUCAGAAGGGUCUUCCUAUGCAAUUACUUUGAAAGUGUUGUACAUCUAAAAUGUGCUUGUUGUGUGUUUUCCGUUCAGAAAUCGUUGAAAGGAUUCCAGUUCGCUAAGCUGUAUUUUGAAGUAAAGGAGUAUGAACUUGCUAAAAGGUAUAUAUCUACAUACCUCAGUGUGCAAAAGAGAGAUGCGAGAGCACACAGAUUUCUUGGACAAAUUUAUGAAGCUGAGGACAACAUAGAAGAAGCUUUUGGAUGUUACAGGUGUGCGUGCAUGGGGAAAACUAGCGUUCUGUGGAGUUGAACCCAAUGCAGAAAGAUCUAGUACUGAAGAUAGCGGAGUUACUGUGCAAUAAUGCCGUCACUGAUGAAAGAGCAAAAUACUGGGUUGAAAAAUCUGCUAAGUUGUUUCCUGGAAGCCCUGCUGUUUACAAGUUGAAGGAGCAGUUGCUGGAUUGUAAAGCACCAUCGCUAGCGGAACUUCAUAAAUAUGAUGUUGAUAACACCUUACCAUCCCAUUUGGGUAAAAGUCAGAGUAAUAGCGAACUGCAAGUCGCCCGUCAGAAUCUCCAGCAGCAUGAGACAAAAAUGAGCCAACUGAGAGAAACCUUGAGAAAAAUGACUGAUGAAAAUAACGAACUGAGGUCAUCGCUUAACUCUCUGAGGGAAAAUAACGAAUUGCUAAAAACCCAGUUACUACGGAUUUCAAAAGUUUACGACCCCUUAACUAUUCUUAUGGACUGGAUCUCAGACCAACACCUUAGCAAAAUAGAAAUACAAGAAGAGAGAGAGGGCAGUGAGAAACCUCAGUGUGCUAAAGAAAACUACACUCUAGAAAAUUGUAUGAAGCUUUUGCCUAUGGUCACUGGACAGCUCCAGUGGAUGCCAUUUGUGGAUCCUAAACUACAUAUGUCUGUGAUUCAAUUUAUCUACUGGUCUCUAAGGCAGAUAGACACUGGUAGUCAGGUAAAUUCCCAAGAGAUAUUUUGUAUUAUAAAUGAGUAUGAAAAGUAGAUAUUUUCAGGGAGUAUAUAUAAAAGAAACUUUGCUGUCUUUGCAAAGCAUAAAUGCCUACCACAGAUACAUAGCAAAUGAAAAACUAAUUCUCACCAAAUUAACUUUCUCACAUUCGUUGUAAUAUUUUGCACCGUGUCUGUAAACAUAUUUUUGCACACAUAUGUGAUCUUUGUUGCAGUAGUGUGUAGCAUCUCAGAAAUGGUAUUUUCCAUAUGUGCUUACAAAACUUGUGAACUAGGAAAAGAAAUAUAUUUUUGUUCGCUUUAUGCAUGAGAUUUGUUGAAAUUGAUGGCAACGUGUGGCAAAGUAGCAAAGGUAUUUUGAUUUCUUUGUUCUCUACUCAGUGUCUAACUGAAUAGAACUAAGCUGGUGGUUCCAGUGCUAAUGAGAACGUAUUUUAA